CCGUCCAGCGCUUGGGACUGAAGCCGCGGAGAGACAGGGCAGAUGGGACGGGAGCCGCUCUGCCCAAAGCCCGGGACGCAUGCUGGAUGCCGCCCUUGUGGUUCUGUCCAUCCGCAUUCACCCUGCAGCUGAAAGCAAAAUCAGAGAGGACGCUUGCAAAACAGAUUUGCAGAGUGGUGUUGGAUCAGUUUGACAAACAGUAUUCCAAAGAGCUUGGGGAUUCCUGGAAUACAGCAAGAGAUGUUCUAAUAUCUCCAUCACUGUGGCAAUACGCCAUUCUUUUCAACCGAUUCAAUUAUCCCUUUGAGCUGGAAAAGGACUUAUGUUUGAGGGGCUAUCACACAAUCCUUCAAGGGUCCUUACCGUAUUAUCCUAAAUCAAUGAAGUGUUACCUCAGCCGAACUCCAGACCGAAUGCCGUCAGAGCGACAUCAGACUGGAAACUUGAAAAAGUACUACCUCCUCAACGCUGCCUCUCUUCUCCCCGUGCUGGCUCUGGAACUGAAUGAUGGGGAGACAGUUCUGGACCUGUGUGCUGCUCCUGGAGGCAAAUCAGUAGCUCUGCUGCAGUGUGCUUACCCAGGUUAUCUUCUUUGUAACGAAUAUGAUGACCUGAGAGUCAGAUGGCUGAGACAGACAUUGGAAUCUUUCAUCCCGCAGUCUUUGACAAAUGUAAUUAAAGUGUCUGAAUUGGAUGGCAGAGAAGUGGGAGAUGCCCAGCCUGAAACGUUUGACAAGGUCUUAGUUGAUGCUCCGUGUUCAAAUGAUCGAAGCUGGCUGUUCUCCUCUGACUCUCAGAAGGCAGCCUGUAGGAUCCGUCAAAGGAACAAUUUGCCCAUCCUCCAGGUAGACCUCCUAAGGUCUGCGGUUAAAGCCUUACGCCCUGGAGGGCUCCUCGUGUACUCUACAUGCACGCUUUCCAAGGCUGAAAAUCAGGAUGUGAUUGGUGAGAUCUUAACCUCCAGCAGCACUGUCAUGCCUGUGGAUAUUAGUGGAAUAGCAAGGACUUGCUCCCAUGACUUCACAUUUGCCCCCACUGACCAGAAAUGCAGUCUUUUGGUGAUUCCUGAAAAGGGCAAAGCUUGGGGCCCAAUGUUUAUAGCCAAGCUGAAAAAAAAAAAACAAAAAACAUGAGUACAGGGAAAUGACAACAUGAUUUUGUAAGCCAUGUUGAUAUGUUAUUGUAUGUAUAUUAUGGGAGCUCACUGCAUGUUAGUAUUCAGUAAUUACAGAGCCACUUUCCUAGGGCCAUUUGGAACCCUGUGUAGUUAACUCUUCAGCCUUGUAGAGCACAGGCUUAAGAAUUCUUCAGAUACAGUUUUGUUCCUCGAAAUGUAUCAUUAGUGAUGCUCUAAAGUGGGACAAAUGGUGUUGAUCUGUAUAAUAAAUUUCUUGUCUUUAUUUGGUAAAUUAUUAGAAUAGUGGUUCUGUACAUAAAUGCUUAGGGCUGUAUUCUUGUCAUAGGUAUUUUAAACCUUUCCUUUAAAACUGGGUCUGCCAACACGCUUACCAUUUCCCUCAUGAAAUGUGCAGAUUCUUUUUGUAAGAACAAUUGGUAUUCCAAGGGCUAACUUCUUAAGCAGCACGAUUUCUAGUUCCAGCAAAACAGGUUUCUUAUUUGCAAAGUUGUUUUGUUAAGGACUCCCUUCUGUUGACUGCAAAGGUCAGUGACUCUGUUGACACCAGCUCCAUUCGUCCCCAUUUUCUUUUAUUCACAAAUACAAAUUGAAAGGGUAAAUUAUGUUGAAAGGCCUUUAGAACAUCAGAUCCCCAUGCACGUGUUUGACUUUCGACAUUCAGCUUGUAAAAUAAUGCAGUCUAUCCAGCAGGCUAUAAAGCAAGCAUUUGAAACAAAACCAGAAUGAUUAAUAACGGCAAUAACUAAACUAUAUUUGGAGUGUUUUGUUACAUAAUUGCAGUUAUAAUGAGUACUACAGAAUCUGAUUAUCUUACAGUUGCAAUCUGGAGGGGCUUUUUAUUUCACUCGGUUAUAAAAUGUUAUGUGAGAGUGUGAUGUCACAUAUUAAUGCACAAGAGAAAGAUGCCUAAUGGGAGUCAAUUAUCCGUUACCAAGACCCCAAGCCAUUCACUGAGUGGCUUUCUCUAUUUAUACAUAUCCCCCCAAGAAUUCUGUGCAUGCUUCUAUAUAUAUGCUUACGAUUUUAGCAUCAAUUUUCAAUCAUGAAUUUUUUAGAAAUUGCUUCACUUGGAUCCAAACAUUUUUCCAACUAUUAAGAAAACUCAUGCUAUCAGACAUGGUAGUGCAUUUGGGAGGCUGAGGCAGAAGUAUUACAAGUUCAAGUCUAGCCUGGGCUGUAUAGCAAGACUCUCUUUAAGAAAGAGAUAAGGAGGAUGGAGGAAGGGAGUGAAGGAGGGAAGGGUAGAGCAAGAGAGAUAAUUACAAAGCAUACAUGAAAUUAGAAAUUAGCUUUUUAAAAAUUUUUAAGGUUUAUUUAUUUUUAUUUUAUGUGUAUGAAUGUCUUGCCUGCAUAUAAAUCUGUGUUCCAUGUGAAUGACUGUUGCCUGAGGAAGUCAGAAGAAGGCUUCAGAUCCCCUGGAACUGGAGAUAUAGAACUGGAGAUAUAGAUGACUGUGAACCACUGUGGGAUGCUGGGAAUCUAACUCUGAACUUCUGCAAGAGCAACAAGUACUUUUAAGAGUGAAGCCAUCUCUCAAGCCAAAAAUUUGCUUAAAAAGUCAGCUGUGGACCACAAAAUUCCUUGGAAGCAGAAUGGUAUUGCUUGUCUGUUCUGUUUGUUAAGCUGUUCGGUAUGUACUUUUUGUUUGGAUUCAAAUGAAUGGAAAAUCUAGGAAAAAUAUUGCCCUGCCUUUCUUCUCUACAGUAUGUUCAAGUAUAUCUGACCAGUGUAAAGUAAGAGUUUAUCUCUUGGACCCAUCAGAUGUACUCAGUUAAUAUGGAAUAACAGAAAAGUGCUUUGUUUAUUUGAGUUUGACUUAGUGGUUUGUUUUUCUAUUUGAAAUCCUGCCUUUGGAUUUUAUAGUUUUAAAGGUGCAUUUCUUUUGUGUAAGUAAACCACAAUGUAAAUUUUCACAGUACAAGGUGUUGAAUGUCAUUCUUUUUCCUGUAGAAUGUCACGAUGCUUCCACUGAACAAUGCUUCCUAUGUAUUUAUUGCAUGUGUUUAUGUACUUUAUUAUUAAAAUGAUUGUAACAGAACAGCAAACAUUUAUUGAGCAUUAAAUGGUUGAUUGAAGCCUU